GCUCACUACCGCCGCGGUGAAGCGCUUCGACGUCUGAAUUCGGUACUCGAGGCCGUCGUCGCACUGAGUGAGGGAACCGCCUUGGACCCUCUAAACAACCUGAUAGUCGAUUCACUCACCGAGGCAUCACAGCAGUUAUUCAAGGAUUUCCCGCUGAAGCGUCUCGAGGGCCUGGGACUCGAGCGGGACCGAUUCACCGUGUUGACAGUGGUAGGACAAGAAUUGGCCUCUGCCGGUCAUCCUCGAGAGGCAUCAAAAGUGCUAACCCGUGCUCUGAACCUACACAGCCCAUCCCUGCGCCUUCGCGAAUCGGCCCUCUCAGCACUGGCAUCGGUUCACUAUUUGCUUGGAGAGUACCAGAAAGCAACGCUGUACUACGAAAAACAGCUCGACAUACGCUCACAACAGGGCGGUCCACUAGCGGACGUGCAUGACAACAUCGCAACGAGCGCUGAACUAGCAGGCAACUAUCUUCUAGCAGUUUCGCACAGGAAGCACCGACUGAAGUUUCUGGAAGGCGCUGCUGAAGCAGACGAGAGACUGAAGAUCGCCUGCCUCUGCUGCUCUGCAAGCCAAGCCGAUGCGGCUUUGGAACAGUGCGAUAUCGUCGAUCAAUUGUUAAACGCUAUUGCUGAGGGAGACCGGUCGAGAAUCGCAACCGGAAUUCGCAUCGGUAGAGGGAUCGCUUACUCCUCUAUGGUAAGAAAAUUAGAAUUUGAAGAGCAGCAGAAGCGACAGUGA